UUACCUUUCUCCUCACACCCCACAACUCCAAAAUUCCCCAUCUCUCUUUCCCAUACACUUCUCUUCCUCUCUUGUUUUAUAGAGCAUUGGUUAGGGAAGAAACCAAUGGCUGCGAGGGGUGCAAUUGGUAUUGUGUCUUUAGUGCUGUUUUUGACUCUUGUUGAUGCAAGAAUUCCUGGUGUUUACACUGGUGGAUCAUGGCAAAGCGCCCAUGCUACUUUCUAUGGAGGCAGUGAUGCCUCUGGGACAAUGGGUGGUGCUUGUGGGUACGGAAACCUGUACAGCCAAGGCUACGGGGUGAGCACUGCAGCUCUAAGCACAGCCCUGUUCAACAACGGCCUUAGUUGUGGUGCUUGUUUUGAAAUCAAAUGUGCUAAUGAUCCACAAUGGUGCCAUGCCGGUAGCCCAUCAAUCUUUGUCACAGCCACAAACUUUUGCCCUCCUAACUAUGCUCUGCCAAGUGACAAUGGCGGGUGGUGCAACCCUCCUCGUCCUCACUUCGAUCUUGCCAUGCCCAUGUUCCUCAAGAUCGCCGAAUACCGUGCCGGCAUCGUCCCGGUCUCUUAUCGCCGGGUGCCAUGCAGAAAGGGAGGAGGAAUCAGGUUCACCAUCAACGGCUUCCGUUACUUCAACCUUGUAUUGAUCACCAACGUCGCAGGUGCAGGAGAUAUCGUGAAGGCGAGCGUAAAAGGAUCAAAGACUGGAUGGAUGAGCUUGAGUCGUAACUGGGGUCAAAAUUGGCAAUCAAAUGCUAUUUUGGUUGGUCAGUCACUCUCCUUCAGGGUCACAGGCAGUGAUAGACGUACCUCCACUUCCUGGAAUAUUGUCCCUUCAAAUUGGCAAUUUGGCCAAACUUUCACCGGGAAGAAUUUCAGGGUCUAAUUUAGUAAUUUUCCCUCCUAAUAUUUUCCCCUUUUUUUAAUUUUUGGAUUUCUGUUUCCUUUUUAUGGGAAAAGUUGAAAUGGGGAAAAUGCGUUAUUAAGCUUUUAAAAGAGGGUUCUUCCUUUUUUUUUUUUUUUGUUUUUCGGUAAAAGUGAAAAGUUAAAUGUAAGGGAGGAGCUGAGGAGGCUGCAAAGUCAAAUUGCCCGCAGCUUUUAUUUGCCGUGACAUAAUUUAAUAUAUAUACACAUGAUAUUGUAAUUUUCUUCAUUUAGUGCCUAAUUAAUGUGUGGCUAUUGAAAGGUUAAGCAUUUGGUAUCCAA